GCGCCGAAACGCAGGGAGCCGAAGCCGAGGGACUGGAGCGCCGCCGGCGGAAACGGAAGUGACGACAGAAGCGGUGGGCGGAGACCCAAGAUGGCGGCCGUGGUGCUGGCGGCGACGCGGUUGCUGCGGGGUUCGGGUUCUUGGGGCCAUUCCCGGCUAAGGUUUGGACCCAAGGCAUACAGACAGUUUAGCAGUGGUGGCACCUAUCCCAACAUCCCCCUCUCUUCUCCCUUACCUGGAGUACCCAAGCCUGUUUUUGCUACAGUCGACGGACAGGAAAAGUUUGAAACCAAAGUUACCACACUGGAUAAUGGGCUUCGUGUGGCCUCUCAAAAUAAAUUUGGACAAUUUUGCACAGUAGGAAUUCUUAUUAAUUCAGGAUCAAGAUAUGAAGCGAAAUAUCUUAGUGGAAUUGCUCACUUUUUGGAAAAGUUGGCAUUUUCGUCUACUGCUCGAUUCGACAGCAAGGAUGACAUUCUGCUUACCUUGGAAAAGCACGGGGGUAUUUGUGAUUGCCAGACGUCAAGAGACACCACCAUGUAUGCUGUGUCUGCUGAUAGCAAAGGCUUGGACACGGUGGUUGGCUUGCUGGCUGACGUGGUCCUGCAGCCCCGGCUGACAGAUGAAGAAAUCGAGAUGACACGGAUGGCUGUCCAGUUUGAGCUAGAGGACCUGAAUAUGCGGCCUGACCCAGAACCGCUUCUCACUGAGAUGAUUCACGAGGCAGCUUACAGGGAAAACACAGUUGGCCUCCACCGUUUCUGCCCCACAGAAAACAUAGCCAAGAUUGGUCGAGAAGCGCUUCGUUCUUACCUGAGAAACUACUACACGCCCGAUCGCAUGGUGCUGGCUGGAGUGGGCGUCGAGCACGAGCACCUGGUGGAAUGUGCCAGAAAAUACCUCCUGGGCGUCCAGCCGGCCUGGGGGGGCGCGCCAGCCGUGGACGUUGACAGAUCGGUAGCACAGUACACUGGGGGGGUUGUCAAGCUGGAAAGGGAUAUGUCCAACGUCAGCCUGGGCCCGACCCCAAUCCCCGAGCUCACACACAUCAUGGUGGGACUUGAGAGCUGUUCCUUCUUGGAGGAAGACUUCAUCCCUUUCGCCGUGUUGAACAUGAUGAUGGGGGGAGGCGGCUCCUUCUCGGCCGGGGGGCCCGGCAAGGGCAUGUUCUCCAGGCUGUACCUCAAUGUGCUCAACAGGCACCACUGGAUGUACAACGCAACCUCCUACCACCACAGCUACGAAGACACGGGCCUCUUGUGCAUCCACGCCAGCGCUGACCCCAGACAGGUUCGAGACAUGGUAGAAAUCAUCACAAAGGAGUUUAUUUUGAUGGGCGGAACCGUGGACGUGGUGGAGCUGGAGCGCGCCAAGACUCAGCUGAUGUCCAUGCUCAUGAUGAACCUGGAGUCUAGACCUGUCAUCUUCGAGGACGUGGGGAGGCAGGUGCUGGCCACACAUUCCAGAAAGCUGCCCCAUGAGCUGUGCACGCUCAUCCGCAACGUGAAGCCAGAAGACAUCAAGAGAGUUGCUUCUAAAAUGCUCCGAGGGAAACCAGCAGUGGCCGCCCUGGGCGAUCUGACUGACCUGCCCACCUACGAGCACAUCCAGACGGCGCUGCUGAGCAAGGACGGGCGCCUGCCCAGGACGUACCGGCUCUUCCGGUAGAGUCCCCCCAGAUGCCACUGGGCCCGGCGGCUGUGGACAGAGUCUGCUUCUAUACGUGCUACCUGGGGUGUGAAUUUAGUGAGACGCCUGGUUCCAUAAACUGCGCACGAAGGGACUCUGCUCUUCAACUGGGUGAAGGAAGUCGACGUUGCCAGAACACUGCUUGGUUUCCAUUCCGUCAGGCCUGAACAUGCCAAUCAGCGGAAUAAAUACCUUCACCACUCCAAGCUAGAAACCAGGCAAAGUGCAGAAAGAUUAAAGGCGGCUCGCCAUGGCAAAACCAGGCAGGUAUGUCCACCUUUGUCCGGAAUUCUUGGCCUGUGGGGCCCAUAUGGGUUCCUGGGAACUUGGCCACUGAGCAGAGAGGUACCCGCGGGGGGUCCCAACUUCCCGGGGGACCCGUGCUGCACACACUGGACCGCGGUAUUCUGCAACGGGUCCCAGGACUCAUGUCUGACAAGCUGGACCGGAGGGGGCAGAGCCUGCCUUGCAGAGCGUGUCUGUGUGUGCGUGCACACCCAUCGUUGCUGGUAAUAAAAU